UUCAUGUUUUAUUAACUCUUAUCUUCUUGCAAUAACUCUUAUGAACUUUUAAUUUGUUGAAGUGUGGUGGCUUUUGUUGAUCAUAACGUAUUGUUUGGAUUUCUAAUUGUUACAGGCACCAAAGAAGUUUGUUGCAGCUGCAGCAAUUAAUCCAAUUUUCAACUUUGCACUGAUGGUUGGUACAACCGAUAUCCCUGAUUGGUUCUAUGUAGAGGCCUGUGGAACCAUUGCAAGAAAUCGGUUACAGGAAACACUUUCAGCAGAAGAUUUGUCUCUCUUCUAUAGCAAAUCUCCUAUCUCGCAUGUUUCAAAGGUAAAGGCACCAACACUGUUCCUUUUAGGUGCACAAGAUCGUCGCGUUCCAAUCUUUGAUGGACUGCAAUACGCUCGAGCUUUAAAAGAGAAAGGAGCAGAGGUCAAAAUCAUCAUGUUUCAAAAUGAUGUUCAUGCACUCAAAAGGCCACAAUCUGAAUGGGAAAGCAUCCUUAACAUUGGGACAUGGUUCAACAAAUGCUGCAAAUAAGUGUGUCGAAAACUUACGACACUAGUUAAUUAGUCAAGUAAAUUGAAAUUUGAUUGAUGGCACUGUACAACCAGUU